AUGCCAGUAAAACGUAAAGCUUCGGCUGCUAAAAUUUCUCCUGUGGAUCCAUCGGAAGAAUCCUCGACCCCGCCCCCAGUUACAAAACGGCAGCGCACAACUGGGGCCGAGCCGACACGCAGAUCCAGCAGAUUGAGGGCUCGAAUUCUUCCGCCGAGUACGAAUCUUAAUAUCAAUCUUCUUCCAACGGAGAUAUUGCUUGUUACUUCAGUCUUUGAUGACCGGAGAAUUACAGACGAUCACCAGGGUGUUUUGCCCGGGCCCCAGACGACGAGUCCAGCAACUGUAGCUAAAAUUGCAGCUGAGUACAAGAUAAAGAUGCUGGCUUUAUUAGUACCUACCGGAAACUCGAGGGAUAUAUUCAAGUUCGACUAUAACUUUCGCGCCAAGAACCGCAGGAAGCUGGAAAUUCGCAACCUCCGUCUCAUGGGUAUCAACCAUCAUUCAGCAGAAUUUAUCUUGACAAGUAAAUUCAAUGGACUACAAUCUAUCACCAUUAUAAACACCCAAAUCAAUCGCAUUUGCCAGAUUCUGUCAAUAAUGAAGACGCCCAUUAUCUGUGAAAAGCUUAUACUUUACGGGCCAUGUAUAUCUACAUCAGAUAUGAAGACUAUUAGACGCAGAUUAUAUACUAGGGAUAUCCAUAUCAACGCCAAGUCAUCCAUGGGAGACAUACCGAGUCAACACAAGAUCUCACGUCAGAUUUGUUGCCCUGUGGGCUUCGAACACCGCAAAUUUAAGUCAUUUCCGCCUCCACUAGAGAGGUUAACUGUGUCGGACGCCAGCGCGUUUGCGAUUAUUGAGCUUGGCCUAGAUAUUCACGAUCUCCGCGAGCUGAGCGUAGGUAUAGUAGCAUUCAACGGCAACGAGAGGCGCUGGCAUGGUACCCAAGAAACGAGGUUUUGGAAUGGCUUGCUCCGAGCGGGGGAGAAACUGGAAAAAAUAACUAUCAGUGGGUUGACUUGUGUGCAGGAUAUCAAAGGUCUUCCUGAAGUGCUGGAAGGGAUGAACCCGGAGUGUGAAAUCAAAUUCAGCGGGAGAAUCCCAGGCAACGUGAUCGGAGAGUUGAAGAACAAAAUUCAGAUGAUGGAACUCGUAAGGGUGAAUUAUGGGGAGUAA